AUGGCAACGAGGGAGAUCCAGGAGAAGGAAGUCCAGGGGAAGGAGGUCCAGGGGAAGGAGGUCCAGGAGAAGGAGGAGAAGGAGGUCCAGGAGAAGGAGGUCCUGGAGAAGAAGAUCCAGGAGAAAGAGGUCUGGGAGAAGGAGGUCCAGGAGAAGGAUGUCCAGGAGAAGAAGAUCCAGGAGAAAGAGGUCUGGGAGACGGAGUUCCUGGAGAAGAAGAUCCAGGAGAAGGAAAUCCAGGGGAAGGAGGUCCUGGAGAAGAAGAUCCAGGAGAAGGAGGUCCGGGAGACGGAGUUCCUGGAGAAUGAGGUCCAGGAAAAUGAGGUCCAGGAGAAGGAGGUCCAGGAGAAGGAGGUCCAGGAGAAAGAGGUCCAGGGGAAAGAGGUCCAGGAGAAGGAGGUCCUGGAGAAGAAGAUCCAGGAGAAAGAGGUCUAGGAGAUGGAGGUCCUGGAGAAGAAGAUCCAGGAGAAGGAAGUCCAGGGGAAGGAGGUCCAGGAGAAAGAGGUCCAGGGGAAAGAGGUCCAGGAGAAGGAGGUCCUGGAGAAGAAGAUCCAGGAGAAAGAGGUCUGGGAGACGGAGUUCCUGGAGAAGGAGGUCCAGGAGAAUGAGGUCCAGGAGAAGGAGGUCCAGGAGAAGGAGAUCCAGGAGAAGAAGGUCCAAGAA